GGCGUAUCCAGCCAGGAACCAGUGAGGGGUUACGAACAGCAGCAACAAAAGGACAACAGUAACCGGGCCACGAAUUAUGACGUUUCUGAUUUCAAGGUGGUACAACACAACGAAAAAUAGGCAGAAUUUGGCAUGUUUACAGUCGUUUAAAGGUAAACGGUAGCUAGUUGUUGUCAUUGGAUUCCGAAUACUCUUUCAUUGCAUCGGAUUAAAAGUGAAGGAAGCGUAUCCAAUUUCGCCAUUUUUUGAUAUCCAACUAACGCCAACAAGACGAUGGCAACUGUGUUGUACAGGAGAACCAAACUGGCAACGUAUCUCCCCGGCCUGAAUGCUUUGGUACAGCAUAUUGCCAGCACCAUGGGCUUUGCUACUCAUGGAUCCUAUGGCUCUGUGGCAAUGGCCACUUGCAUCAAUGGACCACUUCCAUUGUGGCAUGAUGAGACCAAUGGAUUUUUUGAUGUCAGGGACCAUCUCUACCAAAUGCCCGAUAAUUUGGGGUUUGAAUGCCAUUCGCAGGUUUCGGAACCAAAGACAACAAUGAUAAAAAAGAAGGUGCCUGAUUUAUUGCUGACCCCAUCGAGGCCCGAAAAAUAUAUGCCUGGACUGCCUAGCAAAGAAUUUUUCGAUGAGUCAACCACAAAUCGCAAGAUCAAUAAAGAAAACCAGGAUUUUGACAACUCAUGUGUGGAGUGUCUCACCCAGUCAUGCCCUGAAAAACUAAUGCAAGACCUGCAGUACCUGUUUCCUGAGGCUCCAGCCUCUCAUGUGACUGUGGUCACAGUGACUCAAAAGACCAUGAAUGAUAUGACCACAUGGUGUUCUGCUGUGGAAGAAGAAAGAGAUCACAUGCUUGAGAAGUUUAUAGAUGGAGCAAAAGAGAUCUGCAUUAUUCUGCAAAGAGAGGGAUUCUGGGCCGACUUCAUAGAUCCUUCUUCAGGCCUGGCGUUUUUUGGACCUUACACAAACAACACAUUAUUUGAAACAGACGACAGAUACCGUCUUCUGGGCUUUCAGAUCGAAGACCUGGGUUGCUGUAGAGUUAUUCGACAUCCUUUGUGGGGAGCACAUGCCAUUGUGGGACUAAUAUUUACCAAUGCACCACCCAGCAGCCGUAUCAUAGAGAAUGUUCAGGGCUUUUAAACAGAAGCCCAGAGGCUUGCUUGCAAUCCAAAUGUUCUUUGGUAUGAAUAUAUUUCCAGUCUACAUGUUGGCAGGAAUAAUUACUGGAAUGCUUGCGACAUAUUGAAAAAUGCAAGAGGUUUACCUACUACUGUUUGACAAUAAAAUCUCAAACAAAAAGA